CUUCCGGCAAAUCAUUAGAUAGCGAAAGGUGAAAGUGUUGUCGUUUGUUUUGGAAAUAUUUUAUUCUUUCUCCGUUUUUCCGACAGAAUGAGCCAAAGAAGGUGAACGUUAACGUCGAAAACAAAGAAAAGAGUUGAAACAACCGGAUUUUCAGCGCUGACGUUCCUGUUUAUUGAACUGUUAGCUAACAUUAGCAUCGAGCUAACCGGGUAGCUCUCCGCGAUACCCGGACACCGAAACCCAGACACCUCGAACCUGGACUCCCUCCGAGCCAGACAGAUCGGCCGCUUCAGAGCCUCCCUAGCCCGGGUCGGAAGCGUUUCUCCUGCGGUCAGAACGGAGAAUCUCCCCGUUUCAUGUGUGUCCUGGGGCCGGGCUGGACUUUUUAAUGGGAGCCUCCUCGCUGUGGAGGCACUGCGGGCUCCAGCAGAGAGGAAAGCCGAGGGCCUGGCGGUCUGUCGGGCUCACAUGGAGUCUCUGGCCGGGUACGUGUAUAAGGCAGCCAGUGAAGGCAGAGUCCUGACGCUGGCUGCUCUGCUGCUGAACCACUCGGAGACGGAGACCCGGUACCUGCUCAGCUAUGUGACCCAGCUGGCCGGGCAGAGGUCCACCCCGCUCAUCAUCGCUGCCCGGAACGGACACGACAAGGUGGUCCGACUGUUGCUGGACCACUACCGAGUGGACACGGAACAGACCGGCACGGUCCGGUUUGACGGCUACGUCAUCGACGGGGCCACGGCGCUGUGGUGUGCAGCAGGGGCGGGACACUUCGAGGUGGUGCGUCUGCUGGUGAGCCACCAUGCCAACGUUAACCACACCACCAUCACGAACUCCACCCCUCUGCGAGCCGCCUGCUUCGACGGGCGCCUCGACAUCGUCCGCUACCUGGUGGAGAACAGCGCCGACAUCAGCAUCACCAACAAGUACAACAACACCUGCCUGAUGAUCGCCGCCUACAAGGGCCACACAGACGUGGUCAAGUUCCUGCUGGAGCAGGGGGCGGACCCCAAUGCCAAAGCCCACUGCGGGGCCACCGCCCUGCACUUCGCAGCAGAGGCGGGUCAUCUGGAUAUCGUCAAAGAGCUGGUGCGAUGUCAGGCCGCCAUGGUGGUGAACGGGCACGGCAUGACUCCGCUGAAGGUGGCAGCGGAGAGCUGCAAAGCUGACGUGGUGGAGCUACUGCUGACGUACGCAGAUAUCGACGUCCACAGCCGCAUCGAGGCUCUGGAGCUGCUGGGAGCCUCGUUCGCCAACGACAGGGAGAACUAUGAUAUCCAGAAGGCGUACGAGUACAUGUACAUGGCCAUGCUGGAGCGCUACAGUGACCCCGAGAACGUCAUCACAAAGGAGCUGCUGCCGCCCAUCGAGGCCUACGGCGGGCGCUGCGAGUGUCGGACUCUUGAAGAACUCGAGGCGAUUUGUCUGGACCGGGACGCUAUGCACAUGGAGGGGCUAAUGAUCCGGGAGCGAAUCCUGGGCUCAGACAACAUCGACCUGUCACACCCCAUCAUCUACCGCGGCGCCGUCUACGCCGACAACAUGGAGUUUGAGCAGUGCAUCAAACUGUGGCUGCACGCACUGCGUCUGCGGCAGAAAGGAAACAGGAACACGCACAAAGACCUGCUGCGCUUCGCCCAGGUGUUCUCCCAGAUGGUCCACCUAAAGGAGCAGGUCCUGGCCUCGGCCGUGGAGCAGGUGCUGAGCUGCAGCGUGGUUGAGAUCCAGAGGAGCAUGUCUCGAGUCGACACGGCGGCCGAGUCUGAGCUGGCGCAGGCCAUGGACAACUACGAGUCAAACGUCUUCACCUUCCUGUACCUGGCCUGCAUCUCCACCAAGACCACGUGCAGCGACGAGGAGCGUGCACGCAUCAACAAGCACAUCUACGACCUGAUCCAGCUGGACCCGCGCUCCAGAGAAGGCUCCUCCCUGCUCCACCUCGCCAUCAGCUCCAGCACGCCUGUCGACGACUUCCACACCAAUGACGUCUGCAGCUUCCCCAGCGCUCAGGUCACCAAGCUGCUGCUGGACUGCGGCGCGCAGGUCAACGCCGUCGACCACGAGGGAAACACCCCGCUGCACGUCAUCGUCCAGUACAACCGGCCAAUCAGCGACUUUCUCACGCUGCACGCCAUCAUCAUUAACCUGGUGGAGGCCGGCGCCCACACGGACAUGACCAACAAGCAGAAGAAGACGCCGCUGGACAAGAGCACCACGGGCGUGUCGGAGAUCCUGCUGAAGACUCAGAUGAAGAUGAGCCUGAAGUGCCUGGCGGCGCGUGCCGUCCGCCAGCACCAGAUCACCUACAGAAACCAGAUCCCCAAAACGCUGGAGGAGUUUGUGGAGUUCCACUAAAGCGGACCUGAAGGGACCGGAACUUUGUUGUUUUAAAGUAAAUUCUUCUAAUUUUCUAACCAAUCCACACGGUGCUGAGUCUGACGGUCAGUACUGAACAUGUAUGAGCUUUUUUUAUCAAGAAAAUGGGUGUUUCUGUUUUUAAUUUAAGUAUUAAUCGCUGAGAACCAGCAGCUUCAGACGGGGCUCUGUCUCUGAGCGCUGAAAGAGUGACAUCAUCACCACGCUGCUUCUUGAUUUGCCUUAUCCUCUCGCUGAGGAGCCGCCAUGUUGCUGUGAUUCCACAGACUGAGUGAACGACAGAGAGACGAGGAGAGACUAAAGACUGAGUGAGUGAAGAGAUGCCAACAGACAAACCGACCUCGCCUGCUUUCAUCACGUCAGAUCAUAGGAUUCUUUUAAGAGGAUGAAAAAAUUCAGAGGAGGCAGAUCAGGGACCUGAUCUCACUGCUGGACUGAGUUCACCUCAUAAUCAGGCUUUUAGUUUGUUAUACUUAAAAUAAUUUUAAAGGGUUUCUGGUGAUGAUUAUUUGUGAGGAAAUUUGUUUUCUGGGCGGUUUUCUCUAAAAACUGAGCUACAUGGCCAAAAGAAUGCAGACACCCUCCAUAUAACAACGUUUAUACUCUAGAACAAUGGUGGAUCUGAAUGUUUUUGGUCUUUAAACGUCCUAAUUUAGAGCUAAACUGAACCAAAGCCUUGUUUUUGUGUUCUUUCCCUCUUAAGGCUGGAGUCCUACCUGCUGAUUUGUGGUUGCUGCCAUUUUGGCUGGUCGCCGUAGCUACAGUGUCCACGGCAACCAGCUGAUUGUAAGAACAGCAGAGAUGUUUGGAUUAAACACUCUAGAGCAGGGGUUCUCAACAUUUUCAGCCCGUGACCCCCAAAAUAAAGGUGCCAGAGACCGGGGACCCCCACUGUACCUGAAGGUGGAUGAACACAGACAUGAACAUGGGGGACCAUGGAGGUCAGGAAAAUCAGGGUCCGUUGUAAAGUUAGCUAGAUAUCCAUAUCCAUCUUUUAUAUUUAACCUUAAUAAUGAUCACUCUUAACAUAGCAUCAGAUGUUGUUUUUUUUUUUAUUACACUGUUGCCACUAUACACCAAUUUUGUUAAUUUUUUUUUUUACUCCUUUUCAUCAUUUUCCCCACCAAUUUUAACGCAUUUUUACCAUUUAACACCUAU